AUGGACAAAGGCUUCCCUGUAAACCUCACCCGCAACACCAACGCUGAUGACGGCGGUGAUCGGAAAAUAACCAGCGAAGUCGAUUUCUUCUCCGAAAGAAACAAACCAUCACCUUCAGCUUCACACAACAACAUCAAAAAGGAGAUCAUUUCAACCGACGUAAAACCCUCCACUUCCAAUAUUCAUGUUAAUACCGGUUUACAACUUGCCAACACCGCCAGUGAUCAAUCUGUAGUGGAUGACGGAGUUUCAUCUGAUGCCAAGACCACUGAGCUUGCACACUUGCAAGUGGAGCUUCAACGGAUGAAUUCCGAGAACAUAAAGCUGAAAGAGAUGCUCAGUCAUGUUACCGGUAACUACACCGCUUUGCAGAUGCAGCUCAUGUCAUUAAUGCAAAAGAAUCACCACACAGAAAAUGAGGUUGUCAAUGCAAAAGCUGAGGAGAAAAUCCAUGGUGUUGAUGGAGGAAUAGUACCGAGGCAGUUUCUUGAGAUAGGGACUAAUGGAACAGCUGAAGUUGAUGAUAGAGUAUCAAAUUCUUCAUCGGAUGAAAGAACAAGAUCGAACACGCCUCAGAAUAGUCUUAUUGAAGCUGGAGCUAGAGAUCAUAUAAGAAAUAACAACGGUAAAAAUGGUAGAGAAGAUAGUCCUGAUUCAGAAUCACAAGGUUGGGGUCCUAAUAAGGUUCAGAAAAUACUGAACUCUUCCAAUGUUGCUGAGCAAUCUGCUACGGAGGCUACAAUGAGAAAAGCUCGCGUCUCCGUUCGCGCUAGAUCAGAAGCUUCAAUGAUUAGUGAUGGAUGCCAAUGGAGAAAAUAUGGACAAAAAAUGGCUAAAGGAAAUCCAUGUCCUAGAGCAUACUACAGAUGCACUAUGGCAGUUGGUUGUCCAGUUCGCAAACAAGUUCAACGUUGUGCCGAGGACAAAACAAUAUUGGUAACAACAUACGAAGGAACACACAACCAUCCACUUCCACCAGCAGCUAUGGCAAUGGCAUCAACGACCUCAGCAGCUGCAAGCAUGUUACUAUCAGGUUCAAUGUCAAGUGCAGAUGGAAUAAUGACACCAAAUUUACUAGCAAGAGCUAUUCUUCCUUGUUCAACAAGCAUGGCAACACUUUCAGCAUCAGCACCAUUCCCAACUGUUACAUUGGAUCUAACACAAAACUCAAACCCAAUCCCAAAUCCAAACCCAUUGCAGCAAUUUCAAAGACCUCAUCAUGCGCCAUUUCAAGUGCCAGGUUUCUUUCAAGGACAACCUCAGAAUUUUCAACAAGCAGCCGCAUCUCUUUAUAAUCAAUCCAAAUUCUCUGGUCUUCAAUUGUCUCAAGAAGUUGGUUCUUCUCAUUUAACAACCACACAAGCUCCAACACACCAACAACAGCAGCAACAACAACCUUCCUUAGCUGAUUCCGUCAGCGCCGCCACUGCCGCUAUCACUUCCGAUCCAAACUUCACCGCUGUUCUUGCCGCCGCUAUCUCCUCCAUCAUCGGCGGUGGUCACGCAAACAACAACAGCAACAACAACAACAAUAGCAGAAGUGCAGUUAGCAACUUUUCAGGAAACUAA